CCGACCCCGAGCGCUCAGCUCAAGAGCCCGGGAUUAGGGCGCCACGCCCCGUCCAGGUGUGGCGGAACUCGGCUAGGUGCGCUCCCGCCCUCCUUCAGGGGCCCCGCGUCUGAGGGCACCCAGCCCCCCGCGGGGUCGUCAUGGCAACCGCGCCACCAGCUGCCCCGAGUCCCCGGGGACUGUGGGCAGCUGGCGGGGCCGGACGGCAGGUGCUGACACCCGAGCGUGGGAAACGCCCUCCGGGGACGCGGGGCGCCCUCCGGGCCGCUGGGGGCGCUCGAGGCGCGGCGGCCCGCACCCCCCCAGGCCCGCCGAGGGUCCGCCAUGGCCGCCACCACCGCGCUCCGCCGCCUGCCCCGGCUGAGACCCGCGCUUCGCUGUGCGCUGCCCGGGGCCCCGCGGCGCGGACACCGGCUCUCGCCGGCCGACGACGAGUUGUACCAGCGGACGCGCAUCUCGUUGCUGCAGCGCGAGGCUCCUCACGUCAUGUACAUCGACAGCUACAGCAGCCGCGGCUUCACGGUCAACGGGAACCGCGUGCUGGGCCCCUGCGCGCUGCUGCCGCACACGGUGGUGCAGUGGAACGUGGGAUCCCACCGGGACAUCACGGAGGAGAGUUUCUCCCUCUUCUGGCUGCUGGAACCCCGGAUAGAGAUUGUCGUGGUGGGCACCGGGAACCGGACAGAGCGGCUGCAGCCCGGGGUCCUGCGAGUGCUGAGGCAGCGCGGUCUGUCCGUGGAAGUGCAGGACACGCCCAAUGCCUGUGCCACCUUCAACUUCCUGUGUCACGAGGGCCGGGUGACGGCAGCGGCUCUCAUCCCUCCCCCUGAGAGACCUGGUUGCAGGGCAAAGCUGCGGAGUGAACACUUGGGCUGUCCGGAGGGCAAGGGCUCCCAGCAGCGGAUGUUAAUAAUGUGAUAAUUUAUACUCCAC